AUGGAAGAAGGCUCCGCAUUUCACGGAAAAGAUUCGGUUUUGUUUCCUAUGGUUGAUAAUUUGUUGGGACUGUUUAUGUUUUCUCAGGCAACUUUAGGGUUUGGUAUUUCAUCGAAGAACAUUGUGGUUCAGUGUAACGUAGGAAAUUUCAGUCCUGUUUUUCUUUGUUCUUCGUUUCGUGAAAAGGCUGAGAUAUCCCAAUUGCAUUUGGAAUUCGAGGAGAGGGUUGAAGUUGUUUUCGAAGUUAUUACUUGCUUUAUAUAUAGGAAAAAAUUUACUUGCUUUCUUCCUGAUUUAGAAAACCAAAAAGGUUCUUUGGUGGCAUAUGAGCUGCAGGAAAGUAGGAAUGAUACUGACUUGGAGUUUUUCAAGCACAGCACCAUAUCUGCUGCCACAAACAAUUUCUCUCCGGCUGGCAACCUGGACAAGGAGGCUUUGGCAAACUUGGACAAUGCCUUAUAA